GCAUAUGUUCAGAAUAUGUUUCCUCCUCUUUCUAUAUAUACAAAGAAAUCCUCUAUUCUAAAUAUCCAAUUCCAUCAAAGAAAAGAAUUCAGAGACUUAAAGGACUUAAACGAGUCACAUAAAUCAAAACUAUGGCUUAUUGGUCUGCAGAAAAUGCCACAAAAGCCUUUCUCAGCACUUUGAGAAUGGGUCAAAAGGCUAAAGAACCAUCUGUUGCUGAAUAUAUAUCAGCAUUAGCAGCUGGAAACAAUGCACAGUUAAUGGUUGUUGCUUGUGCGGCUGCAGCUGAUUCAACUACACUUGCACUAAUUGCUGCUGCUAAUCAAACUAAUGGAAAUGUAAUAUGCAUUGUACCUAACAAUGAAGAUUUAAUUGCAUCCAAAAAUUUCCUAGGAGUAAUUGCUAAUCAAGUGAAGUUCAUGAUUGGAAAAGAAGCACAAGAAUCAAUGGUAUUAAACAAAGCUGAUUUUGUGGUAAUUGAUUGUAAUCUUGUGAACCAUGAAGAGAUUGUGAAAUUAAUACAAAUUGGUGAUGGUAAUAAGAAAAAGGGUGCAGUUGUUGUUGGUUAUAAUGCAUUUAGAUGUAAAGGGUCAUGGAGAUCAUGUGGGUCCAAAACUCAAUUGCUCCCUAUUGGAGAAGGGUUGUUGGUGACAAGAGUUGGAUGUGGAAUGACUAAGAGUGGUCGAAGUCGGUGGAUUGUGAAGGUUGAUAAAUGUACAGGUGAAGAACAUGUUUAUAGAGUAAGACGUCCACAAGGAAAAGUUAUUUAAGCCUAAUUGUUAGUACUGGUGACUUUCCGAGUGCACGGAGACCAAGCGAGGAUGGUGUUAGAAUGACAGAUUUGCAUAACCACAUGAUCUAGACUGUUGUUGGAUCAAAAUGCAUAGUUAGAACUUAAAUAGUUCAAUCUUGAUUUUAGAGUUCAGAUCGACAAAGGUGUGAUUCGAGAGAAUUUAAAACUUGCAAGUAGUUCUCCAUUUAUUUUUUUGGGAAAAGAUGUAGAAACCUAGGAAUUAGUCCUAUUUGAAAUGUACAAAACUAUAGAUAUAUAUUAUCAAAUUUUGUU